AUGGACGGGGACGCGUUUCACGCUGCUGUGUAUCAUGUCGUCCGCCAAAUCCCCCCUCAAAAGGUCACCUCAUACGGACACAUCGCAAAGCUCGUGGGCAUGCCGAACUACUCCCGCCACGUCGGCCAAGCCCUGCGGUUCCUCUCCCCAGACGUCGUCCCGCCCAUCCCGUGGUACCGCGUCAUCUCCUCCGCCGGCACCAUUUCCUCGCGCGGCCCCGGCACGGACGGCGCCGCGCGCCAGCGCGACGCGCUCGUCGCCGAGGGCGUCGACGUCGAGGUCACGCGCUCGGGCGACAUGAAGGUCAACAUGCGACAGUAUGGGUGGUUCCCCGCUGUGGGGACUAUCGACACCGGGGUACAGCAGGCGCCGGGCGAGGACGACGAAGGCGACGAACAGGCCGAGAACGGCGACGAGGAAGAAGCAGCUUAA